CCCCUUUUUCAUUUUUCCCACCCAAAAUUUCCCCUUCUUCCCGCUGCUCUCUCCCCCCCUCUCUCUCUCUCUCUAAAAUACACGCGCAGAAGCUCUCCCUCUCUCUCUCUCUCUCUCUCUUUCUCUCUCUUCUCUCUCUCUCUCACUCUUUCUCUCUCAUCGGUUUGGAUUCUCCGCAAAUUUGGUCUUUUGCUUGAAUCGGCGUGGGGAUUGUUUGUGGGAAUGUGGCUGACUGGAUCCAUGGAAGGUCCAAUGCCUUAGUAUCAUUUGCUCGUCAUCGGUCUUUGCUUCUGACAUGCGAUUUCACCUUCUUGAGAAAAAAAGGUGGAAUCGGUACCUAUUGAUGGAACUUUAAUUGAUAUUCACUGCCUGACUUUAUACAUUAACAACAAAUUAUGGAGUGCAACAAAGAGGAGGCUGUCAGGGCAAAGGAAAUUGCAGAAGUGCGUAUGCGAAACAAUGACUUUGCAGGGGCCUUGCGCCUUGUACAGAAGGCCCAGCGUCUUUUCUCAGAGCUUGAGAACGUAUCCCGAAUGCUGGCUGUUUGCGAGAUUCAUUGUUCUGCACAGACCAAAGUUUGUGGAUCUGAGCAUGAUUGGUAUGCGAUCCUACAGAUUGAAAAGUCCGCUGACGACAUUACUAUCAAGAAGCAGUACAGAAAGUUUGCUUUGUUACUUCAUCCAGAUAAAAAUAAAUUUCCUGGUGCUGAGGCCGCAUUCAAGCUGAUUGUUGAAGCAAAUAGGGUAUUAACAGACCAGUUGCAGAGAAAAUUAUACGACAGUAAGUUUAGAAAUUCAGUGCAGCCACAGAAGCCUCCAGCACAUCAACAAACUCAGUACUCUGGUGCCAGGAGAAAAAACGGAACCCGAAACAAAUCAGAGAGCCAUCAUAAUUCACAAUUUCCAAGUUCAAACCCUGAUCAGCAGGGGCAGCAGAAGACUUUCUGGACCAGCUGCCCCAAAUGUAAUGUAAGGUAUCAGUACUACAAGCAAUUUGUGAAUAAAACUUUGCGUUGUCAGGAAUGCAAGGGACCCUUUACUGCCUAUGACUUCAGUACUCAAGGCAUGGCGCCUGGACAACAGUGGAGUCAUUUUGCUGACCAGCCGGAUUUUUCAAAUUCUGGGUUCUCAAAAGCAACUCCUCAGGCUACUAAUGGAGUUCCUCCUCCUAUGCACUCUGCAGACAGUUUUUCGGGAUUCGUUCCGCUGACUAAACAAAAGGAGCAUGGUGAGGUCGCUGGCAGUUCGAGGGCUAAGGUGGCCGAUGAAUCUGUUGACAAGGGAGCUGGAAUGAAAGAAGAUAGAAUGCCCUAUGGUAAUGCAGCAAGACCAACAGGAAUGGGUUCUCAGAGUACCACUGGCAGGAUGAGCAGUGGGAAUUCUGGUGUUGAAUUUGGUGGGAAUUCUGAGAAUGUGAGUAGGAAUGACACUGUUGGUGAUGCUGGCACUUCAGAAGAUGUAAUUAAGCCUUCCCAGUCAAAUUCUGAACUCAAUGGAGCUAUGAAAUCUCAGCAAGAGCAACGUCCCACCAGGAAGUCUUCUCGCCUAAGGCAGCAUACAUCGUACAAUGACAAUUCAGUUGGUGAUGACGACUUUGUCAGCCCACCAAAAAGGUUGAGGGCCAAUGAGGCAUUGGAUUCUGCAGAAGCUAAGAAAGAGGAAGGGAUUGUUGAAGGCUUCAGUAAUGAUUGCCGUUCAACAUUUUCUAUUCCUGAAAAUGGCAUUAAUGAAGACAUAAAAAAUGAAGAAGUUCUUCCUCAGGAAGAAAGCUUAUCUGGGACAGAUUCUGGGAAAAUCAAGCCUGAAGAGAAGAGAGGGGAAGCAGUUUCUGCAGACAAACAUAAUGAAAAAUCUAAAUCCAACAGUAGUUCUGGUUUGUCUCCUGGGCUGGAACCUCAUUUUGUUGUCUGUGCUGAUCCAGAGUUUAGUGAUUUCGAGAAGGAUAAAGCACCAACCUGUUUUGCUGUUAAUCAAGUAUGGGCAGUGUAUGAUACACUAGAUGGCAUGCCGAGAUUUUAUGCUCGGAUAAAGAAAGUGUUUUUGCCUGAUUUUAAGGUGCAAAUCACUUGGCUAGAGGCUGAUCCAGAUGACCAAGAUGAGAUUGAUUGGUGUGACAAUGAGUUGCCUGUUGCUUGUGGAAAGUACAGAACUGGACACACGGAAGACGCGGUAGAUCAUCUCAUGUUCUCUCACCAGAUCAAGUGUCUCAAGGGGGCUCGUAGAGGCUCUUUUCUGGUAUAUCCUAGAAAAGGGGAGAUUUGGGCCCUUUUUAAGAACUGGGAUAUAAAAUGGGCCUCCGAACCAGGGAAAUGUCUUCCUUUCAAGUAUGAAUUUGUGGAGAUCCUCUCAGAUUUUGUCAAGGACUGUGGCAUUAAGGUUGUGUAUUUGAGCAAGGUGAAAGGCUUUGUUUGCUUGUUUCAGCGAGUAGAUGCAUGUAAAGAUGCAAAUGCCUCAUUUGAAAUAGCUCCACAUGAUUUGUACCGAUUUUCUCAUCGAGUUCCAUCAUUCGUGAUGACUGGCAAUGAAAGACGAGGUGUUCCUGCUGGAUCUUUUGAACUCGAUCCUGCAGCUUUAGAUAUUGAUGAUCUCAGAGAUACUAUGGAGAAGAAAAGUGCUGAUGCUGAUGUAAGGAAGCGCGUGCCUAAAAAUUCUACAGUAGAGACUUCACCCGUAAGGAGGUCGCCAAGGGCUUUAAGCAAACAGCGGUAGUCCAAUAAACGCUAGUGGAUCUACUGCCAAGGAAGGGAUGUAGAAGCAGUUUAUACUAAUGGCCGCUUAACUUGGAAGUUGUAAGUAAUAUUCCGCAAGUUGACUGGGAAUGAACCUGUUAAUCUUCUGUUAGAUCAGACUUCGGCUGUGCAGCUAUAGUUGGUUAUCAGGCAUCUUCAGGAAUUAUCACCAGACAACAAGAAAAGGUUUGAGAUUGGGUUUUGGAUUAUUCUGAAUCGGUGGUAAUGAAGAGAGUUUUUCCUCAUGCUUAGUUUUUCUAGUCUUUCAGAUGCUUGACUGAUGCCUCUUGAAUUGGCAAUUCUAUUUUGCUCAGGAGAGGGCGAAUACUGAGUUUUGAAACCGAAGACAAUGUUUUGGGGUGAAAGGGAGAUAGAGAUUGACUGCAUAGACUUUUGAGGUAUUGGUAGAUGUACUAUUAGGUCCCAACUGUUGGUAAAUGUUAGAUGUUAUUAUCUUCUCGCCAAAGAAGUUUAUGCUAAUUUGACUCGAUCGUUUUUAUCAUUCUAUGUCUACCCUUAGUUAAAAGCCGUCUUGUUUUUGGACGUUCCAUUGUGGAAUCUCAGAUGAGCUUAUCUGUUUUGAUUUGCUAAAUCUUUCAUGCCGAUGUGGCUUUUUGAAUCUCUACACUCUCGACAGUCUGAAGUUUCAGCUUGUUAUUUUGGUUGAUGAGGUGUACAAUAGAAAACGAACUAUAGUCC